AUGGCCACUCCAUUCACUGUCGCCAUCGCUGGUGGUGGUGCCGCUCCUUCAAGGUAUCACAGCCGCCUUGAUGGCGACCAGAGCGGCUGCGGCAGAGGUUUUCCACGUGUGGUGGCAUACACCCGCACCACCGCGUUUCUUUUCGCACCGACAGCAGCGACUUCGCCGUCUUCGCUGUUGCCGCCGCGGCGACCUGUGUUGGCUGACCAGCGCUUAUCUCGUCAGACCAUGUCAUCUGACUAUUUUGUGAACCGUGCUGCUGCAGCUCUUUCGCCAUCGACGCCGCCGCCAUUGUCAUCUCGGGCCGCUCCAUCAGCACGCCAUCCCUCCUCGCACCUGGCUGAGCCUUGUUUCAUUCGGACAUCAACAAGGACUGGGUACGAUUUAGAAGCUACCACAGCGGCAUGGCAGCCACCACACCCCGGCGGCCGGCCGUGCGAGGGUGCUCGCCACGAUAACACGCGGCCGCACACUCGCGACGGAGCACAUAGUCAUCGUCCUCGUGUUCACGACGGGCGACCAGCAGAGACAUCCUUCUCCCGCCCAAGCGGCUCAAUCCGGGCUGAGGCGUACAGGCAGGCGCCAGUACCGCACACGGGCGCUCGUGGCACUUGCGUGGAAAACGUGCCGUUGUCUCCGUCGCCAUGCCGCUCAGUCGCUGGUGCGCCUUGUGAGGCGCAUCAGCACAGUGGCGUCUCUGACGUCGUGGCAACGGCAAGGAUGCGGACAUGGCCCAUUAACCUCAUGGGCAGAGACGGUCUGGUGGUAUCGGGCUCUUCUCGCACGAGAGGCGGUGAUGCACAUGAUCGGGUGCGUGAUACCCGACCAGACUGUACCUCUGCUGCAGCGUCUUCUGCGCCGUCCUCCUGUGCCGCUUCACGCAAAGUGCAGCCCUGGAGCUGUCAAAGAGCUGGUUGCCCCUCAACGACUGCACGCGAGCACCCGCAGCCGCAGCAGGUAACGCCAUCAGGGCAGCGAGGGCGACUGUCUGUGCUCCUUAGUACAGCUGAAAGUGAGACAAUCGCUGCGCACACCCGCCGCUGUUCACGGCUGCGGAGCUCGCAGCACGUGGACAGCGAGAACACCUUUCAAGCUGCCACAAGGGAAGAUGGAGCACCCGCCACGACCGCCUUCACGAGGAGAGAUCCGGGAUUCGCAGUGCCGUCAAUCAAGGCGCACGUCGACGCUGCACUUUUCGUCGAGCCUUUUCAUCGUCUCUCCGCCGCAGCACGACAGGGGACCUCGCCGCUCAGACACGCAUCGGUGACAUCGUCGCAACCCCGGCAGCGGACGUCGCCGUGUGACGUGCCGUCUUCCACGAGAAAUACAACCGUAAUAACUCCUGUGUCGCCACGCAGCGGCUUGCCGAAAGAAGAGUCGGUGCACCGCCCCCUCGAGGCGCUGACGCUGACCCCCAAUGACGUCCUCGGCUGCGUUGCUACGGGCUCUUCUCCAGACGCUGUCCAUACAUCUGUCCACUGUGGCGUAGCUGGGACUGUGGCGGAACAUGUCCACGGUGCUGAAAUCGCCCAUGGUGAGGGCCAGCCGACCGCCUCGGUUGUAUCAUCUCCAUCGCAUCACCUUUCGCGGACGAGUUCGCUGGCCCUCGCUGGUGCUGUGCUAUCGCCGUCAUCGCGUCAGGCAUCCCUGUCGGCGGUGCGUGCGCGGCUGACGUACAGUAGCGCGGAGGAUGGCGGGUGGUUGGAUCGCUUCUCGUCUUGCUUCUGCGCCGAGGCAGCGCAGCAGCAGUUGUUUCUCAUCGCGCAGCGCUGCCACCUCAUUCAGCAGGAGGAGGCUGCUGCUCGCGAGUGGCUCGUGCUAGAUGCGAGUAUGCAGUGGCAUCACAUUGUGGGCGAGGAGCGCGCUGGCUAUAGGCUGGCCAAAUCGCAGCAGGACCAUCGCCGCCUCCCAGACACCUCCGCGUGCCGCGUUGUCUGUGUGGACGCGUUUGGCAGCGAUCUCGCGCGUGCGCGCUCAGCGGAGCUUUCUCCCUCUCCAUUGCCCGAAGAGACGCUCCGCCUCGUUGCUACGCCACCAUCCAGGCAGCGGCUGCGGCGAAGGCCCUCCGCGAGCUCGCGUUCCCUGUUAUGUCCGCGCACAUCUGUGCCAGUGAGCGCUCCUGAUGAGGACGACGGGGAGAGCCGGAUGAGGAGCUUUUCAAUGUCCACCUCGCUGCCUCGCCAUGCUGACCACCGCAAUGGGGACAGGGUGCCUCACGACCAAGACGCACCCGCCGGUUUCGAGGAAGUGCACCGGUACACCGCGGAGAAGAAGCCUAACUCUGGGGCGAAGGAUGAGGCAUUCGGCGACGCGACGGAGGAAGCGCAAGAGCGGAAGGACUUCAUGGACGACCGCGGUCACGAGGCGGCGUCAGAGGAACCUAGAUCGUCUGUGCGGUCCUCAGAGGUAAAUCAGCGGACCACCUCGCCUCGACGGGCUCUGCCGCCUUCGCCAUCCAGCGAAGGACCCGAAGGCGAGCUGCUUGCCCGUAUACGCGACCUCCACUACGAGGAAGAGGAUCAGCGCUUCCUGCUCACAGGUGACUGCCCUCCGCCGGACGUGUUCCAACGCUGGGCGGACCGCUACUUUGAAGACAAGCGAGUAUAUUUCUCUUCCGCGGCGUCAGGUGCUGGGCAGUCUUCGGCGCUGAGGGCCGCACUCAGCCCAGAGGCGGCCGAGCGGUGUUGCUCGCGGUCCGACUCGCCCCCGAUUGUGCCACCUACCCACGAUGUCGCUGCAUUCGUUGCGCUUGCACCCAGCGACAGCGCGCUCGCCCGCAUGCCCGCUGCAGCUUUACAUGAUCCAUCAAGAAGCCCGCUCCUUUCGACGACAGCCGAGGGGGAGGCCAAGCAGGCGGACGAGGAAUUCCUCAGGCGUGAGGGCGCUUCAGCCUCGUGGCAUCGUUUGUGCAGUGAGCACCGUCGUGCGUGGGCGAUGGAGAACUUCCUCGGCACCGAUGAUGCCUACGCGAACUAUCACGAUGAGUGGAGCGCAGGGCCGACACGAUCACCGCUUUCGUCUUCACGCGGGCAAAGCGGGCUCAAUGCUAGUGGCCGGUGCGCCCCCGAUCCGCGAAUCUUCAGUGCGGGACCAAGUGCAGGUCCUCAAAAUGCCUUUUUACCGCUGGCGGACGCCGCGCCAUCCUCCUCGGUGCCGCGGACGACUCCCAUCGAGGGCGCCGCGACGCGUGCAAAGCGUGACUUCUUGCAGCAGCCCCCAAAGCCGCUGACGGCUAAAUCUUUAUUGUUCCACCAGAUGGCGUGCCCGACGGAGAAGACGUAUUUGGCACCGCUGGGGAGCGAGAGGGAAGCGUGGCAGGCGCUGAUAGACGCGUUCAUCGACGGCCUCCUGCAGAUCAUGGCGCGUGAGUAG